AUGUCUGGAAAAGCAGAACUGACCAUAAAUUUUCUUGUCGUCGGUGGCGGGAUCGCAGGUCUUUCAUGUGCGAUAGCAUUGAGACGAGUCGGCCAUCGUGUUGUUGUUCUCGAACAUUACUCCGAUUCAGAUAUUUCGAAGAUGUCGCACGGAGGCAUUCGGUUGCCUCCAAACGUCUCGAAAGUUCUCUUCCAUUGGGGCCUCGAGCGCGCUCUUCGGCAAGUAUCCAUAACGUCCAGUGCCAUGGAGAUUGAGAUUUACGAAACCGGCGAGUUGAUUGGUACCCAUCAUUGGGAAGAAGAGGUUCUCCGAGUAACUGGAGGAGAUUUCCUCUUCCUACAUCACGCCGGUCUCCGACAAGUUUUGUACGAUGCUGCUAUAGCAGCGGGCGCUGAGGUGCGGGCAGGCACAACAGUUGUCUCUGUAAAUGGCGAUGGCCCCCGCGUGACGUUGUCCACGGGGGAAACACUACUGGCCGACGUGAUUGUCGGCGCCGAUGGCCGCUCGAGUAUAGUGCAACAAGCAAUCGUCGGUAAUGAUGUUCUCGACACAGUGCCAUAUCAAUCUUUAUUCUACAAUACUACUGUCCCAGGAGCACUCAUGAGAGCCGAUCCUGAAUUGGCACCUCUCUUUGAACAACCUGUCGAGACCAUGUUUAUUUGGCUAGGCAAUAAUCGCUCGGCUGUGGCAUUCCGUAUGGGGGGUAAGGAUGAGUUUGCGCUACAUCUAUGGGUGCCUCCCAGGCAAAAAGGGCUAUCCGAUGAUGAUUGCUGGGGAGGAGGCCUCGACUUAAAGGAGAUGCGGCGGCAGCUUGGAGAAUGCGAACCGAGACUCCUAAAGAUGACCAAAUUGGCUGCCACACCUUCCCGUGUACAGGUCAAGAUGGUUCCACCGAUAAAGGAUUGGGUUGAUGAGCACGGUCGCAUGGUAAUUAUAGGCGAGGCUGCACAUCCACUUCCUGCAGGAUCCUUGCAGGGCGGCGCGAUGGCUGUGGAAGACGCCGCUGUAUUUGCAAGACUUUUCUCCCACCUGCGAGACAGGGAACAAAUAUCGACAUUUUUACACGCUUUUCAAGAUCUUCGGGAAGAUCGCUGUGCCAGUGUUGUGCAUACGGAGCAAUGUAAUCUGUAUUUCCAGAUGAUGCCAGCUGGUCCUCAGCAGGAGCAACGCGAUCAGGAGAUGCGUGCCAAGACUGCUCAAGGGGAAAGCGUUUUUGGCGGUGGCAAGGCUUCUGACCAAUGGGAGCAGCUCAAAGAACUUUGGGGAUACGAUGCCGAAGAUGAAGCCGACGAUUGGUGGGUCAAGUGGGGCCUUCUCCGCGAGCGGGCCAAGCAGCGAUCAUUAGACAUGGAAGCAGAAAUGAAUAUCGCACGAUUGAGUUGUCUUGGCAUGCGAUCAUAA